CGCCGCCGCUGCCUGAUGGCGAGGCUCCGGGAUUGCCUGCCCCGCCUGAUGGUCACAAUGAGGUCUUUUCUGUUCUGGUCCCUGAUUUAUUGCUACUGCGGGCUCUGCGCCUCCAUCUACCUGCUCAAACUUUUGUGGAACAUCGGCCAGGGACCUGCGCAGACCUUUCGGAGGGUUGCCCGGAAACACCCUCCCCCGAGCUUGAACGACCGUUCCUUGGGGACCCACUGCUACGUGAAGAUCAAGGAUUCGGGGUUAAGAUUUCAUUAUGUUGCUGCUGGAGAAAGAGGCAAACCACUUAUGCUGCUACUUCAUGGAUUUCCAGAAUUCUGGUAUUCAUGGCGUCAUCAGCUAAGGGAAUUUAAAACUGAAUACCGAGUUGUAGCACUGGAUUUGAGAGGCUAUGGAGAAACAGAUGCUCCCAUUCAUCGAGAGAAUUAUAAACUGGACUAUCUAAUUACAGAUAUAAGGGACAUUUUAGACUCUUUAGGCUAUAGCAAAUGUGUUCUUAUUGGCCAUGACUGGGGCGGCAUGAUUGCUUGGCUGUUUGCCAUCUGUUAUCCGGAAAUGGUGGUGAAGCUUAUUGUUAUUAACUUCCCUCAUCCAAAUGUAUUUACAGAAUACAUUUUACGACACCCGGCUCAGCUGUUCAAAUCCAGCUAUUAUUACUUCUUCCAAAUACCGUGGUUCCCAGAAUUUAUAUUCUCAGUAAAUGAUUUCAAGGCUUUGAAACACAUGUUGACCAGUGAUAGCUCUGGCAUUGGAAGAAAAGGAUUUCAAUUAACAACAGAGGAUCUUGAAGCUCAUAUUUAUGUAUUUUCUCAGCCUGGAGCAUUAAAUGGUCCAAUUAACCAUUACCGAAAUAUCUUCAGCUGCCUGCCUCUCAAACGUCCCAUGGUGACCACUCCAACACUACUGCUGUGGGGAGAGGAAGACGCAUACAUGGAGGUUGAGAUGGCUGAAGUCACAAAGACUUACGUUAAAAACUAUUUCAGCCUAGUUAUUUUGUCAGAAGCCAGCCAUUGGCUUCAACAAGAACAACCUGACAUAGUGAACAAAUUGAUCUGGACAUUUCUAAAAGAAGAAACAAGAAAAAAAUAUUGA